AUGCCUCAAAAAGCUCUAAAAGUCACUAAAAAGACCAAAGACCCUCGUCGUAUAACGAAGAAGCAAAAAAAUCUACGAAAGGCUGCUCCUCUGCAAAUUAAAUCAAAGAAGAGGGCAUUAAAUCAUUUGAAGAAGCUAUCUAAGACCGCUUCUUUGACUGAAUCUACAGAGAAAUUAAUUGCUAGUAGGGUAGGCCAUCUAGAAUUGUUGAAAGGUACCAGAAGAGAAAUUGAAAAAAACAAUAAAAAUAAAAACUCUCUCCUGUAG